AUGUCGGCACCCUCUGCGCAGGAGAGAAAAGCAUGCUGGGACUCCCGCGACCUGUACUGGCAGUGCCUGGAUGACACUAAGGAGGACAGGGACAGGUGCCAGCAGAUCAGGAAAGGCUUUGAGAAGAACUGUCCACAGACAUGGGUAGGUCACAUGACCACCGCAGCCAGCCAAUGUCACCAUCUCAAUCCACUUUUAGCAGCUUCUUUUUAA